AAUCGUUGACAUUGAAGGGCAACACAGGAGGAUUCAGAAGAAAUCCAGAGCUACUAUGACUAGCAGGAAUGACCAGAAGUCGCUGUGCUCGAAGGACGGCGAGGAAUUCCGGUGGAGCCAAGAGAGAUCUGAAAGGACGAGAAGCAGCCACCACGGAAGACCUUCUGCAGAAAAGAACAGAUCUGGAAGUGACGAGUUGGGCAGCGACAGGGACCGCCCCGAACGGCGGCCGUCCAACCCGAGGAAGAAGAAACGCUGCAUGAAGAGGGAGCUGGAACGCGAGGUGUCGGUGGAAGACAGCGACGAGGUGGGCGAGGAUGAAGAGGACGAGGAGGAGGAAGAAGAAGAAGGAGGAUUCGAACCAAGCCGGAAACGCGGGAGGAAGCCCAGCGGGCGACGACUGCGCGAUGGAGAGCGCGUCUGACAGCGCCGGGCGGCCAUCGCGGUCAUGUUCCUACUGUUCGCGCUGAUCCUCGCCGUCUGCAUGGUCUUCAUCCACGGCGGCAUAUCGCAGGAGGGACUGGUGCUAGCCAAGCGGCCAGCCGUCCCGGCGCCGUCGCCCAGGGAGAACACCAGCGCUCCUGCUGGCGGCUGCAAGAACAUCAGCGCCGCGGCGACGAAGCUAUCCAGCACCACACCUUCGCUCAGGGAGAACACUACCGCUCCUGCUGGCGGCUUCAGGAACCACGACAUGCUGUCAGUGAAGAUUCCCAACGCCAUGACGUCCCACAAGGCAAACAUCAACGCUCCUAGCGGUGGCCACAGGAAAUUCAACGCUAUACCGGCAAAGAUUCCCACAUCCACACCUUCACCCAGGGAGAAAGCUACCGCUCCUAGCGGUGGCCACAGGAAAUUCAACGCUAUACCGGCAAAGAUUCCCACACCCACACCUUCACCCAGGGAGAAAGCUACCGCUCCUAGCGGUGGCCACAGGAAAUUCAACGCUAUACCGGCAAAGAUUCCCACACCCACACCUUCACCCAGGGAGAAAGCUACCGCUCCUAGCGGUGGCCACAGGAAAUUCAACGCUAUACCGGCAAAGAUUCCCACACUCACACCGUCACCCAGGGGGAACGCUACCGCUCUUGCAGGCAGCCGCAGGAACCACGUCAUGCUGUCACCGAAGAUUCCCAAUGCCAUGACGUCACACAAGGCAAACAUCACCGCUCCUAGCGGUGGCCACAGGAAAUUCAACGCUAUACCGGCAAAGAUUCCCACACCCACACCGUCACCCAGGGGGAACGCUACCGCUCCUGCAGGCAGCCGCAGUAACUACAGCGCCAUCUAUGAUUUCAAUAAAUUUUAGCUAAAGUUA